AUGAUCCCGCUCGCCGAUGCUGCGGACGAGGACCUCGGCCUGGUGCUCCCCGCGGUUUUCGCGGAGGCUGCGGCCUUCAUGUCGCCGCCUCGCCCGCGGCCGGCGCAUCGGCCUGUCUUGCCCUUCCGCGGCCGCGGUGUGGAAGGCAGAUCCGGUCGCGGUGCCUCGUCGCAGGCCGCGCCUACGCCUUCGGCCGCUGUGCCCGUCGCUGAUGCGUCGCGGGCGGACCGCAGCCGCACGCUGCUGUACGCUGGCGCGGAUGAUGAGGAGCCCAGCGCUGUAGGGCUCGACCUCACCGGCGAGCUGAGCCGCAUCAUUGACCAGCAUGCGGCGCUCGAGACCCGGACGGCGAUCCUCGAGUCUGAGUUCCAGGCGAAAGAAACAGCGUUGACUGAGCGUCUGGAGGUGGCUCUUCUGGAACCCACGGAGGCUCUCAGCGCCCAGGCACACGCAGACCUCCGGUCCGAGCGCGGGCUCAUGCAGCGCCGGUUGGACGAGGCGACAGCCGCGGCCCAACACGAGUGCCACGAGAGACUUGCGGUGAGCUCGCGCGAGCUCCGUGCGGCAGAGCAGCAGAUGGCGGCGACGGACCGCCAGCAGCUUGCCGGCAUCCUGGCCGCGGAGUCUGCUGCAUACGCCGCUGCCGACCAGAGGCGCCGCGAGGAGUGCGAUGCGAUCCAUGCUCAGGCGCUCCGGAACCUCGAGGCGCAGCGCGUGGAGCUCAGCGCAGUGGUCUCCACGGCUUCCUCGCGCCUGGCCGCCGCGGGCGAACUGGAGGCCGCGGCUUCCAGGGCAGAGCAGCAGUCGCAGGCGCAGGCCGCUGAGGCUCAGCAGCGCGCCGCCGCAGCGGCGCAGCUCGAGUCCUCCACACAGCAGGCGUUCGUCGGCUUCGAGGGCCGCACAAGGCUGCAGCUUCGCCAAUACGAAGCCCAGAUUGCCAAUCUGGAGGCCCAGCAGGAGCAGACGAAACUCCGGGCCGACCGCGCGGCAGGGCUGGAGGCGCAGGUCACGGUGCUCCAUUCUGGGCUCACCGUGUCCGAGCAGCGCGUGCAUGCACUCAGAGACCGAGCCCAGCAAUGGGCCAAUGACCUCGCAGCCACGGCUGAGGCGCAGCGCGGCGAGCAGCUCGAGGUGCAGACCGCGCUGCAGCAGCGUGUUGACAUCCUCGAGCAGGAGGUCGAGAAUUGGAAACACAUCGCAUCGGUGGCUGAGGAGCGGCGGGUGCAGCCGCCGCAGCACGAUCCAGUGCUCUCCCAGCCUCUUCCGCCGCCGCUGCAACCGCAGCCUGACCGCCUGACGGGGCGUUUCGUCUCUGCGGACGGCGUCCUCGCGCAGCCGCAGCACUUCCACAUGGCCACGCCCUCGCGGCCGUUGGCCGCGCCACAGCUGGGCGCGGCGGCCGCGUCCGAGCCGGCGCCAGCGCCGCACGCGCAGCCGCGCCCUGGCCCGAAUCGCGGCGUGCUCCCUGGCCAUGGGGCCGGGGUCACCAUGAGGGCUCACAUCGCGGCCGCCGGCGCCCCCGGCGGAGGCGGCCCGCCAGACCGCCUUGGCGCCGGUGGCAGCGUGCGGUCCGAGCCAGUCCAGAGGCUCCCGACCCAGUUGCAGCAGCGCCCGUCCGCAGCGCAGGCCCCCGCAGCUCAGCCUGACCUCCCUCCUGAGCUUCAGGGCCCUCGCCGCCCUGGCGGUGGCGACGGCGCUGGCGGCGACGACUCGCCGCCUAGCACGCCUGGGGCCUCCGGCGCGCGCCGCAGCCAGAGGAGCAAAAAGAGUAAGAGGUCACCCUCGAGCUCGUCGAUCUCGACUGAGGACGACAUCCGCCGGCGGAAGGGAGCGGUGAAGUCCUUGACAUUGGACCCGCUGCCCUCUGCCGUGGGCUUUCGGGAGUGGGUGCAGGACACCCACGUGAAGGUGAACGCAGCGAGCAAGCGCAGCAAGCGCCGCACAAUGCGGUGGAUGCAGCGCAUCGAGACCGUCAACGACAUCUCGGAGCUCGAGGCGUUGGCGGAGAAGCAGAAGAGGUGGGACGAUCUCGACUCCGCGCUCGCCGAGGCCGUCUUGGCCAUCGCCAACAGCAACUUGAAGUGUGAGCUGCUGAUCUACCGCGAGGAGCGGUCGAGGAUGGGCUUGCCGCUCUCCGGCCGCUGCGCGCUGUGCAUGGUGUAUUACAGGUGCACAAUCGAGCGCGGCCAUGCGAUGAGCGUCGACCUCACCAACUUGGUGGGCCUCCGGUUCGGAGGGGACCUCGAGGGCUUCUUGAAUGCCUGGGACUACGCCUUGAUGGCCUUGGCCAAGGUGCCGGACGAAGACAUGCUGUGCUCGCUCCUCGAGUGCCAGCUCUGGAAGUGCGAGGGGUUGGCCAAGGCGCAAGCGACGCCGCAGGUCCGCUCCGGUGAGAUCUGCCAGAUGUUUGCUCGGGAUGGUUCGUGCCGCUUCGGUGCGACUUGCAAGUUCGAGCACGUCGGGGCCGCCUCUGCGCCAGAUGCCGCCGCGGCGAAAGCCAAGGCCAAGGCCAAAGCUGAGGCCGCAGCCAAAGCUAAGGCUAAGGCCGAGGCGCAGGCGAAGACGAAAGCGGCGGCCGCCGCCACCUCCCCCGCCGCUGCCGCGGCCAAGCCAGAUGACCGGCCAGCGUGCCGCUUCUGGCCUAAGGGCGAGUGCGCCAACGGCGAGAACUGCGCGUUCAAGCACGUUGGCCCUGGCAAGGCCAAAGUGCCGGGCGCCGUCUGCCGCGCCGCCCCGGCCAUUGGUGGCCCCAGCGACGACCUUGACGAGUUCGCUUUGGACUCCGGCACUGGCAAUGACUUGGUCCCCGUAGGGACCCAAGGCGCCCGCCGCCAGCGCGACGACCUUUGCUUCCUGAGCACGGCGAACGGCGUGAUCGCGCCCGAGACCACCGUGACUGUGGGCCUGGAGGCGCUGAACGAGGAUGCCGAGGCCAUCGAGCUGCCAGAUACCAUUCCGGCGCUCUCGCUCGGGCGCCGCUGCGCCCAGCAUGGCUACCGCUUCGUGUGGGAGCCGUUCGCUGACAAGCCCGAGUUCUACGCGCCUGAGGGCUCGCAGGUCGACGUCCGCGUGGAGAACUUCGCCCCGAUGGUGACGGGCAGCCGCCCCAGCCAGCCGGCCGGUCGCCUCGAACGCGUGCUCGAGGGCGAUCCGACCGAGCACGACGCGGAGAUUGACUGGGACGGGAUCCCGCUGAAGUGCGGUGUCUGCGAGGACGACGUGGUGAUCGACGCUUCGAUCCAUAACGACCCGCAGUCCAUCCUCCACCUGGCCACGCACCUGCCGAAAUGCCCGCCCGGCGUCUGCGCGGGGUGCGACUUCGGGAAGACGGCGAAGAGCCGCAGCUCGCGCCGCCCCGCUCCAGCUGUGGAGCUUCAUGCACCGGACGCUUCCGUCGAGUCCUUCGGGGCCCUUGUGCACAUGGACCACAUCGAAAUGGAGCGCGGCUCUGAGGCGAGGAAGGCAUCGCCCUACAGCCUGCACAUCCUGGACGAGUCCACGGAGUUCUUCUCGCCGUACCCGGCGCGCCGCCGGGACACCGACACAGUGCUCAACAACGUGGGCUCCUUCGACUCCGUCCCGCCGAGCGAGCGCUGGUGGCCUCUCGCCGAGCGGCACUGGGCGGCAAACUACAACGGCAGCGUCAAGAACACGGCCGGCCUCACUCGGUGGCAACGCCGCUUUGGGGAGCCAGCUCCCUUCGUCAUCUACCCGUUCGGCGCCCUCGUCCUCUUCCGGCCGCCAGCCGGCUCCGAGCUCCCGAAGCUGGAGGGCGACCCCUGCAGCUCCAGCAAAUGGAAGAACCGACUGGUGCCUGCACUUCUGGUCGGCGUAGCGGCCGGCCCGGCCGAGCAGUGGGCCAAGAGUUACUUGAUCGUCCCGCUCGCGGCCAUCCUGGCCGACAGCCGGGCCUCUAGAGUCAGCGUCCGCACCGUCGCCGACGUCGUCUUCCCGUCGAAGGUGACGUUCCCUCUAGCGCAGCGCCUGGCGUUCAACGGCGCAUUCCGUGACCUCAGCCUGCCGGCGCCGCACACCAACGACGACGCCGAGGGGGGCUAUGAGCUCAUCGCCGACGAGCCUUGCGAGGAGGACGUGCUUGCGUACGACGGGAUGCUGAAGGAGAACAGCCCCCAGUUCUCUUCGACGAGGGCUUCGAUGCUCGACGUCGCCUUGGCCAUCGAUCCUGACUCCCAGGAGGGCCUGGACGUCGUGGGCCAAGCCGGCGAUGGAGACGCAGGCGCCGACGAUCCUCGUUCUGGCCAUGUUGCGGUCGAGCCCGACGUUGCCGAAGCUGCGCGGCUCGGCGUCGACGCCGACCCCGUCGCGCAGCGGGAGAUCAAGCCUGGACCCGGGCGCUCGCCGCCGAGCGGCUGGAGGCGAGACGACUUUGGCGCCGACGGCCAGAUCAGGCGUUCGGCGUGGGUGCCACCGUGGUCCACUCGUCCGCCUACGCUCGAGCCAGAGGUGUGGCUCUCCCUGACCAUGAAGCACAGGCAGGCGGAGCGUGACAAGUGGAAGGCUGCUGACCCCGCAGGGUUCGCAGCUCAGGAGAAGAGGCGCGAGGACUACCAGAACCUGAAGGCGAAGGGCAAGGUCGUGACGGCCGUCCCAUCGAUGCCUCGCCUCGCGUGCUCUGCCUUCUCGGGCACCCCGCACGAGGUGUACUACGAGCCGCUUCGGCAUCCUUGGCACCGAGGCUCGGCCGCAGCUGGCGGGCAGCACGCCCGUGCUUCUUCCAGCGAUGCCCGCGUGGCUUCCGGCCGCGCCGCAGGACCUGCAGCCCCGGCAGCGCCGGCCGGCCUCGUCAUACAGGCGCCCACGGUGCCUGAGAUCAUCGCCGCAGCGAUGCCAGCCAUCAUGAGCGGCAAGUAUAACCAGAUGCUCGUCGAGCUGUGCUGCUCUCCGGAGUCUUGCCUGUCCGCCUUCGUCCCGGCCAGGACCAUGAUCAGGACAGCCGUCCCCAUGGCGGUGACGCGGGCCUUGAUCACCAAUGUCGCGAAGGUGUGCACCUACGCUCGUGACAAGGGCCAGGACGUCACCUGGGAGUGGCCUACAAACUCCGACCUGUGGUCGAACGACCGCGUGCACCAGCUGAUCAACACCGUCGGCGGCAAGUUCGUGAAGGUAUCGGCCUCCGCCGUCGGCCAGCAGCAUCAGCAUGCACGCCGCGUGGUGUACACCCAGAAGGAGUGGACGCUGUGCUCCACGGACGACUCCGUUACGAUGAUUUUCGAGAAUUAUUCCGUCGACGAAGCUGCCGACAGCAAGGAGUUCGUCCGCUGCCGCGGGAAGUUUGCGAAGCAGACCGCCCAGUACACGGAGCAGUUCGCACGUCUCUUCUGGAGCGCCCGCCGCGCAGGCAUUUUACCUGCUGCUCCUGGCGUCCCGCGGUCCCGGGCAUUCUUUAAAAGCACAUCCGCCAUCGACGACAGUGACGACGACCCGCACCACGAGCAUCGUGAGCAUGAUGCUGGCCCGCCGCGCCACCCUCUGUGGUGCGCCCUCGUGACGCGGGUGGUCAAGCCCAAAUCGUCCGAGGCAGAUUGCGACGGUGCCCGCAAGGCGUUGGAGAAGGAGCUGCACGGGAUGCGCUCCAAGCAGGUCUGGGACACCAGCGAUGUUCACAGUUUGCGGGACCUUCUGAACGACGAGUCCCUUUCUGACGCCAUGCUGGGCCGGGUGUUUGCAAUUCUGGGGAUAAAAGGAGAAGAGCUUGGAAAAUAUGCCCAGCAAUGUAAGGCUAGAGUGGUAUUUCAAGGAUCCACCAUCCGAACUAAGUCGGGCGUGUCGGCUGCAGACCUGUUCGAAGAAGUUGCCAAUGCUCCGGCAUCCUUCGCCGCGGCACGCGCUGCCCUGGCGGCCGCGGCCCUCGCCGGCCGGGAGGUCAGCCUGAGGGACGCGGAGGCUGCAUACCUCCAGGCUCUGAUCGACACUCCGUUCCGGAUCCCCGCCUACGUCGAGCUCCCACGGGAGUGGUGGCCAGACAGUUGGUUCUUGGACGACGCAGCACGCCAGAGACUUAAGUAUGUCCGGCCUCGUUGCCGGCUCAAGAAGGCUCUGUAUGGCCACCCCGAGGCCGGGGCGCCGUGGGAAGCCAAGUUGAACAGCAUUCUCAAGCAGCAUGGCUGGGAGCCCGCUGGCCUCGACCAUCCUGGAGUUCAUGUGCACCCUGAUGGAGGCCUUUUCGUCGUGUACGUGGACGACAUGCUCAGGAUCGCUCCGCCGAGCAUCGCCGGGCCAUUUUGGAGGGCGCUCGACACGGCGAUCGUGUUCAAGGAGCGGGAGCAGGAGAUCGAGAGGUACUUGGGGGCCCGCUACACCAUGGACCCGGUCAGCCCUGCCUGCCCGUCGGCCGCUCGCCGGCUCCACACGGACAUGGACGACUAUGUGGCCAACGCCUUCGCCAGGUUCGCUAGCGAGUACGGGGGUGAGCUCCGCAAGGUGACGUCGCCGUUUCUCUCGCCGGAGCAGUGGGCUGAAGACGGCGUGCGCCCCGGCGUUUUUGCCGGCAGCUGCGCCUCGCACGUUGCGACGUUGCUGUUUUUGUCCCGGGUCGCACGGCCUGACAUCGCCGUCGCCGUGCAGCGCCUCUGUUCGGUGGUGUCAAGGUGGAGCACAACCCACGACGCAGCACUGGUUCGCUUGUACGCCUACCUGAAGGCCGCUGGCCCCAUGGCCCUCGCCGCCGAGAUGGCCCCCGAUGACAUCUUCGACCUGGAGCUCCUGAUGUGGUCGGACGCCGACUGGGCUGGCGACUCAGAGCACACGAAGUCUACAGGCGGCGUCCUGGUGGAACUUCACAGCCCGACUUCCGGUCGACGCUGGCCGCUUUCGUGGGCUGUUCGCAAGCAGACGUCCACGGCCGGCUCGACAGCCGAAGCGGAGACGGUGGCUCUCAGCCACAACAACAAGCACGAGGGCAUUCCCACGCAGAUGCUCCUCGAGCGGAUGCUUGGCAUCGACAUCCCGCUGGUGGCGCUCGUGGACAACACGCAGGCCAUCUCUGCGGUCACUAAGGGCUACAGCAAGAAACUGAAGUUCUUAGAGAGAACCCGCAAGGUGUCCAUCGGGUUCUUGCACGAGCUUGUGGUGGAGCGCGGCGCGAUGAUCCUCAAGCGCGCGCCCACCGCGACGCACCGGGGCGACGGCUUCACGAAGGCCAUGUCCCCGGCAAGGUUCAUGGAGGCCCGCGACCUCAUGGGCAUGAUCCGCACCAGGCCUUGA